CAAAAUGUUCACCCGGAGUCCCUGAACAUGACCGGUCCCUCUCUGUUUCAAGUUCCCAGACACCGAUCUCCAAUUCCAUCAAAAUCCAAAAAAGGAUGCUCGUCGUCAGUGUCAUCAUGGUGAUGUAAAAGUUAAGGAAAUAUUAACAAUAUUAGCAGUGGUUACAACAUAGCGAUCCAAACUCUGGCAGAUCAACAACGCAUAAUUACAAUUGUAUAAACAUAGCACAUUAUGCCAAAGAUUGAAGGAGUAAUGCUAUAGAGGACGAUGGAGUCUAAUGAUGUCUUCGUGGAAGCUAGGAUCGAGAAUGAAGACGACUGAUCCUGGAUCGUGUGGAGAUCAAAGUACCUGGAGAACCUGUGCAGUGCUCAGAUAACUAUCCCAACAAAUCUGGCCACGUGUCUUGGGUCCGGAGCAGCACGUGCCGCUGUUUAGAAGUAUUUGCCAGCACGCGGCGGGGACACGUGUCCCUGAUAGGAUCGCUAGAUCCUCCGGACGUGAUCGAGGGUGUGUGCGGUGGAAUUCUGGCGGAGAUGAUCGGCUAAUCCCAGUGUGAUUGAGUCAACAGUACCGAAGGGCACUUCAGUGUUUGGACAAACGCGACAAUUCCGGUACUUCGCCAGAAGAUGAUGUAGCGAACGAAGAAGACCUAUCUCUCGAACAGUUUUAUCCAGUCGAGGGUUCUAGUCGCUGUGUGUGUCUUUACCAGUCGAAGGACAGAACAAGUUCAAGAUGUAUUCGAUGGACAAUAUCGAACUGGACAUGAUGAACCGCCAGUACAUUUACGAGGCGCACAGCUUCCUGGGUAACCCAGCAAUCCCAGCUCUGCCACCCCAUUGCGGUGCACCGACGACGGCUACACUACCCUCCAUACCUUCGCAACUGGCUUCGCAUCCUCCUGGUAGCACCGGCAGCUCCAGUGGCAGCGAGAUUUACCUCUACGACGAGAACAGCAGUGACAACGAGAGUGCAUACAGCAGCGACCAGGAGAACCAUACCAGAGACUACCAGAAGUUGGAGGAAAUAAUUAACAAGGAUGGAACGAUUGUUUCCAGAAGAAAUCAGAGUAGCAGGCGUAAUGGAGGAUCAGGGAAGAGUCCAAGGCAGGCAGUGCAACAGAGGCAAGCUGCGAAUAUGAGGGAGAGGAGACGAAUGCAGAACAUAAACGACGCGUUCGAGGGCCUAAGGGCUCACAUACCUACGUUGCCGUACGAGAAAAGACUGUCCAAGGUCGACACCUUGAAAUUGGCGAUCGGCUACAUCAAGUUUCUUAAUGAAUUGGUCAGAGCUGACACUGGGAACGAUACACUGACAGGAAAUGGUGGACUGUCGAGGUGUUCCGGUCGAGACGACUCGAAGAAGAUCAUAGUUCGUGGCAGUGAGGGAAAUCCCUUUAUUUUCCACUCGCUUUCCUGGUCCAGGAAAUCGGACAUCUCGCCGAAUGGGACGAUGUACGCGAAAGUGUGGACACCUGAGGAUCCAAGGACAUCGAAGAACAGCACGACGUUUGAAUAGACUGUUCAGGACUUGAUCAUCGAGUCCCAGUGUUAUUUAGUGUUUAAGAACAAAUAGGGCCUAGUCGUUUUACAAUCGUUUACCCCUUGGUUCUUCUAAAAAUAAUUUAACGAAUACUUUUCGUCUCGAAAUUAAGUUAAAAAUUUGUCGACUCAUUUAAGCAAUGAUUUUCGGCGUGCAAUUUUUUGUUUUUAUAAAAGUCGAAGCUAGUUUUCAAUCUAGUCAGAUUACGGUCCACAGUAUUAUUAUUGUUAAGAGUAUUUAACUGAAGUAUUUUAAUCGAAGGCAAACGAAGGAGUUUCUAAUUGUAAAUUGCAGAGAAUUUUCCGCGAUAGAAGCGAAUCUGCGAAAAUUCUGUCGGGAUUCUUUUACUUUCUCCCUGGCAAUAAAGAUGAUCUAAGCGAAUGGCAAAAUGUGCCGGCAGAAUUCGCGUGAACACAUGUUACAAUUGUACAUACCUACAGGACACUGCUAGGAAUAAGUAAUUUAAGUGAGUAUCGUUUGUACGUGAGAAGCAAUGAAGAUGGUGUCAUCAUUCUUGCGAAUGGAGUCAAAUAAAGUAGGUUCAAGGAGUUCAAAA